UAUUUUUAUAAUAGUUUUUUCUUUGAAAAUAAAAAACACAAUUUUCUAUUAACAACUAUCAUAUCGAUAAAUUAUAAUGUCUGAAAAUUUUACCAGUUCAUAUACUUAUAAAUCAUCGGAAAAUGUGGAGGAAUUUUUCAAACUAUUCGGAGCUACCGAUGACACGUUAGCCGAGUGGUGCAAAUAUCAGCCAAACUUUGAGAUUAGCAAACAGGGAGACAAGUGGACCAUCAAAACAAUUAUGGCCGACCAUACAGACGAAAUUAACUUUGAAUUGGGCAAACAGUUUGAUGAGACACUACCCGACGGCAUCAAAGUUAAGACAACUAUAGUUAAAGGCGAAGGUAGACAACUAAUUCAAACGCAAACUGAUGGCAAAAUUGAGGUUAAAAUUGUACGCGACUUCAACGGUCCCGAAGCGGUCAAUACGGCUACCGUCGGCUCAGUUCAGGCCAAAUGGUUUUAUACUAAAAAUGCGUAA